UGCUCCACUGAUUCUGAUUCUCCCAUCCAAACUUGCUAAGCUAAAAUUGGUCAUUCAUCUUCAAUCUUCAACUAGCCAAAAUUGUGAAAAAUUUUAAUUAGUUACUAGGGAAAUUCAAAGAGUUAACAAGGAUAUUGAGAACAAGAAUGGGUUACAAGAAGAGCAAAGCAUUAUGGAUUUUUCUUCUGUUUGUUUCAGAAUUCUUGUUAGGGAUAACACUAGCUGCAGAGGAAUCUCAGAAGAAGAAUCUUGGGACGGUGAUUGGAAUUGAUCUUGGGACAACAUAUUCUUGUGUGGGAGUAUACAAAAAUGGAAAUGUUGAGAUUAUAGCUAAUGAUCAAGGAAACAGAAUUACGCCAUCAUGGGUUGCCUUCACUGAUACAGAGCGGUUGAUUGGAGAAGCUGCAAAGAAUCAGGCAGCCCUUAAUCCGGAAAGAACCAUUUUUGAUGUUAAAAGGCUGAUUGGAAGAAAGUUUGAUGAUCCAGAGGUUCAGAGAGAUAUGAAGAUGUUGCCUUAUAAGAUUGUAAACAAAGAUGGGAAGCCUUAUAUACAGGUGAAGAUCAAAGAUGGAGAGGUCAAGGUGUUUAGCCCUGAAGAAAUCAGUGCUAUGAUCUUGCAAAAAAUGAAGCAAACAGCGGAGUCAUAUUUGGGAAAAGAAAUCAGAAGUGCAGUCAUCACUGUUCCUGCUUACUUUAAUGAUGCUCAGAGGCAGGCUACCAAGGAUGCAGGGACUAUUGCAGGGCUUAAUGUUGCACGGAUAAUUAAUGAACCAACAGCAGCAGCAAUUGCCUACGGUCUUGAUAAGAAAUCGAAGGAGAUGAACAUUUUAGUUUUUGAUCUCGGUGGUGGUACAUUUGAUGUUAGCAUAUUGAGUCUUGACAAUGGAGUGUUUGAGGUUCUUGCCACUAGCGGAGAUACACAUUUGGGAGGAGAAGAUUUUGAUUAUAGGAUUAUGGACUAUUUUGUGAAGCUGAUCAAGAAGAAGUAUAACAAGGAUAUCAGCAAUGACAAAAAGGCUCUUGGGAAGCUGAGGAAGGAAUGUGAGAGAGCAAAGCGGGCCUUGAGCAGCCAGCAUCAAGUCCGUGUUGAGAUUGAGUCACUUUUUGGUGGUAUUGACUUCUCAGAACCACUCACAAGAGCCAGAUUUGAGGAAUUGAACAUGGAUUUGUUUAAAAAGACGAUGGGGCCAGUAAAGCAGGCCUUGAAGGAUGCAGGUUUGGAGAAGACUGACAUCCAUGAAAUUGUACUCGUUGGUGGGAGCACUAGGAUACCUAAGGUGCAGCAACUAUUGAAGGAUUUCUUUGAUGGGAAAGAACCGAGCAAAGGAAUCAAUCCAGAUGAAGCUGUAGCUUAUGGAGCAGCUGUUCAAGGUGGAAUACUUGGUGGUGAAGGUGGUGAAGAAACCAAGGGCAUUCUUUUACUAGAUGUGGCUCCGCUGAGCCUAGGUAUUGAGACUGUGGGAGGAGUGAUGACCAAAUUGAUUCCAAGAAACUCUGUCAUUCCAACCAAGAAAUCUCAGAUUUUUACAACCUAUCAAGACCAGCAAACUACAGUGACUAUCAAGGUUUUUGAAGGUGAAAGGAGCUUAACAAAGGAUUGUCGUGAAUUGGGGAGGUUUGAGUUGUCUGGCAUUCCUCCGGCCCCAAGGGGAGUGCCUCAAAUUGAGGUCACUUUUGAGCUAGAUGCAAAUGGCAUACUAAACGUCAGAGCUGAGGACAAGGCAGCAAAGAAGGCGCAAUCUAUUACCAUCACCAAUGACAAGGGGCGACUUAGUCAGGAGGAGAUUGAGCGGAUGGUAAAGGAGGCUGAGGAGUUUGCUGAGGAGGAUAAAAAGGUCAGCGAGAGGAUUGAUGCAAGAAACAAGCUUGAAACAUACAUUUACAAUAUGAAGAGCACCAUUAAUGACAAAGACAAACUUGCGGCCAAGAUUGAUUCUGAUGACAAAACAAAGAUUGAGAGUGCCCUGAAGGAUGCAUUGGAAUGGUUAGAUGAUAACCAAAAUGCUGACAAGGACGAUUAUGAUGAGAAAAUGAAAGAGGUGGAAGCUGUGUGUAAUCCUGUUAUAAAGAUGGCAUACGAAAAGAGCAGUGGGAGCUCUUCUGAAUCUGCAGAAGACGAACCUUACGACGAGUUGUAGAGUAUCUCGGAGUUUAGUUCUUCAUAGUCCUUGACAUUUUUUUCUUUUCUCUGCCGAAUCUUGUAAAUGCCAGAGAUUUGGCUUGUAUAAUUAUUCUCAUUGGAUCAUGAUAUGAUCCUAUAUUGUUCUUGGUGUUUGAAAUUCAAGAGCCCGCAUCCUUAAUAUAUUUUCUUU